CGUGGCCUGCGGGGAGGGGUGUGGCUAAGCCGGCCAGUAGCGAGGUCGCGGCGGAGCGGGGCGCAGGGGAGGGGGGUGGCAGGAAGACAUGAGCGCUGUCGACCUUGCCCGCGUGGGCGCGUGCGUCCUGAAGCAUGCGGUGACCGGGGAGGCAGUGGAGCUGCGGAGUCUGUGGCGCGAGCAGGCGUGCGUGGUGGCCGGCCUGCGGCGCUUCGGCUGCUCCGUGUGUCGCUGGAUCGCCCGGGACCUCAGCAGCCUCAGGGGGCUACUGGACCGGCACGGCGUGCGCCUGGUGGGCGUGGGGCCCGAGGCCCUGGGCCUGCAGGAGUUUCUGGACGGGGGCUACUUCUCAGGAGAGCUCUACCUGGAUGAGAGCAAGCAGUUCUACAAGGAGCUGGGCUUCAGGCGGUACAACAGCUUGAGCAUCGUGCCGGCUGCCCUGGGGAAGCCCGUGCGUGAUGUGGCCCUCAAGGCCAAAGCUGUCGGCAUCCAGGGGAACCUGUCUGGGGACCUGCUACAGAGCGGAGGGCUGUUGGUAGUUACCAAAGGUGGUGACAGAGUGUUGCUACACUUCGUUCAGAAGUCCCCAGGCGACUAUGUUCCCCAGGAGCGCAUCCUGCAGGCCCUGGGCCUCUCUGCGGAGGGCUGUGCCAGUGAGUUGCCCCAGUGUGACGAAGAAGUGUGCACAGGGUGAACCCCUGAGGCCUCUGGGGAUCUCGAGGCAGCUGCUGGCUCAGGCAUGCUGGGAGCGGAUGUGAAGAGUCUUCCCGGGACGGCUGGACUGGGGCACUAAGCUCUGCUGGGUCCCAGGAUGGCCGUGAGCAUUAAACCAGGUUUCCUCGUUG